CGAUCGGAUCUCCUCGAAAAAAUUUACAACAACGGUGAUGCAGUCGUUGGUGCUGAAGCGAGGCUCCUGACCCCCACACGCAGCUGUGUCCUUAGCAAAGAAAGUAAAAUUCCUCGAGUAGGGACGUGUGACAGUGGAGCAAGCGCCUCAUAUCUGUGUGCCCGAUUGCCUGACGUUCGUUGAGAAAAAGACAGUUUCGCAAAGCGUGUAAAACCGGUGAUGCAAAUGAUUCGUUCGUGACGUUGAUAGCGCACGGGAACAAAUGGAGCAACACCUACGGAAGCGUCUGAAGAGUAUAGUGCAACGAUAAAUCAUAGAAGCAGCCGCGGGGGAUAAAAUCGAGGAGACGUGUGCGACAAACGAGAUGUAAAAGUGACGUGCAGCGACGUCACGAUUCGCACCAGUUGUCUCGUGCUUUUACGCCAAGUCGGGAACCACUCGGACGAAGGUCGAACUCUUCACGGUAUUUCGCGGAAGUCCCGUACUUUAUUUCCGAGUGUCACGAUCCCAACAGGCACUGUUUUCUCAUCAUAAAAGUUGCCCGAAGCUAAAGAUUGUUUUAGGCAGUGUAAAGUGUAAGGGCGAUCUCGAAUUAGGUAACCCGAAAGGAAGGAAGUGCACCGGUCCAACCAAAGUGUGCUCGAUGUCGGAUUACGUCAAAGUUUAAUGGCUUUCAGGAUUUUUAAGUGACAUUCGAUCCGCAGUGUCGGAUGUUCGGAGAGUGAAGCUUCGAGGUGAAGGAAGAUCGGGGAAUCACCGCUUUUUUCGUCAUCGCCGAGUCAUCCGUUGGCGAAUAAAAAGAAAAGAGGAAAAAAAAAAGCGAAAAAAAUGAAAAAAACAAGAAUCGUGUCAGUAAAAAACCGGAGACGACGAUAGUUGUACACAAAGUUUAUUCGCACGAAUCCCGAUAUAAAUUGAUGACGUUGUACGGAGCAUAAAAUUGCAAAAACUAUGACGCCCCGUUCUCGUCGUCGUCAUUCGAGCUAUCGCAUGCUCGUUCGUGCAUGAAGGAAUCAUCGGGCUCUGCUACUUCCAGCAUUUAACCCUCGGUGCGCUGUGAUACGAAAUCGCCACCGAUAAGGAUAACCGUUGGGAAAAAGGUUGAACGCGAAAGGCGAUAGGGGGGAGGAAAAGCCGGGCGAUAGAAAAGGUAACCAAGUGCGAUAGUAACUGCGACAACUAAUCGCAAUCUCGCUACGUUACGUUGCUUGCGGCAACGUUUAGCGAUCAGUGAGUAAAAUAGCCAAAGGUUGUAAAGCAUAUUUUCCAUUAACCUCGUCUGGAACACCAGCAAAUGUGUCCGAGAAAGAGGUUCGAACUGUAGAGUUCCCUAGCGAAGGAACCUUGAACACAGGGUCGCAGUCGAUGGUGAAGGCCGAAGAAGAAGAAGAAGAAGAAGCACAACUGCGAAAAAUAAAGGCGAAGGAAGGAAGCAGAGGAGGAACAAGAAGAAGGUAUAAUUUGGUAUUACGUCGAAGCCGAAGAACACGCUGAAAUUUCUCCGGCUGACGACUCCGGCCGAGGUUUCGAUCUCUGUUCCAGUAAAACGCUUCGCCUGUAUCUCGACGGAGCGUGACCGCCAGGACGUCCUCGUGGUUCUAUCAGACCUUUCUGUAUACCAUUUUCGAUAUGUGUGCGGACGCUACGAAUACUAGUUAGAAUCGAUUCUGCCGCAGGAAGAGCGAGGGAGCGAGUGUGCUGUGCAUCGGGAAGGAAGAAACGAAGAAUCGCCUGGAGUAAGGCUCGGCAACGCGGAACAAAUUUACCUUCGUUUUCCGGACGAUUUGCGAAGGUACGCGAGCCGUGACAACCGCGGAAUCCACGAUUCGUCACGGGUGCGCACGCGCUCCCGCGUCGACGAAUCUACGCCGCGGAUAGUCCAACGUCCAUGGUCCGUUUCCCGACUCUGGAGACUCUGGAAUUGGCAAUUGUGAGCUCUGGAACUUGCAGCCGGGAGAGAAGUUGAGUUGGGAAAGAGGGGAAAAGGCGUGACAACUUGCCAGUGAAAUAUUUUGCUUGGUGUCAUUCGUUCGAUACCGCGCGAGCGCGCGUGGUUAGCCGGAAAAGUGACAGUGACUUAUCGAGACUGAACAGGCUGUCGACUCUCCCCCUUGGGCCGAUCCAUGCCCACGGUGUGACAUAAUUGAAGAAAGUGCUGAUCCAGCCUCAAACCCGUUAUUAAACUGGUGAACAUUGCGAUUGCAUUUCUCCGGGGCUGGAUUCCGGGAGAAACGCACGGAUAUCAAGCAGCCGAUCGCGAAAUUCAACUUGUCUACGCUACGAAGAAUAUUUUCGUGUCGGUUUAAACGGAAAAACGCGCACGCAUAUUACGAGCCGAUUUAUAGCGCUAUUUGCCAGGGAGCAGAUUUCUAAAGCCACGAGAUAACGCGCGCGAGCACGCGUUCCAUCAUUUUUCAUAAAAUAUACAAGAAAUUACUCUGCUGAUAUCGUUAACGAAUUCCGAUUAACUUCGGUGGAAGUAAUCGCAAACGAGUUUUCUUGAAGCCUCAAAAGAAAGGAGCUCAGCCAGACUGUGAUUUAUUCGCCUUUGCCAUAAUCUAGAACAGGGGAAUCUCAGCGGAAUUAACGUUUCACGGAGUUAUUAGUUUGUAGGGAGACCUCGAAAAACGAAAGUGCCGGGACAUGACCGGGAAAGUCUUCAGUGGCGCGAGAAGACGUUCGAAAAGUUACUGUCGUUGAAAAUAUCGCGUAUCGCAAAGAAACGACUCCGAAGAUUGAACGAGUGAAUAAGCGAGAGAUAAAACAACGUUUAAAAUGUCAUCGAACGGUGAAUUUUCGACAAUAUCGAGCGGCGAGAUGCCGUCUCUGCCAAAAUCGUUGCCCAGCUCAAGAGAGGCAACUGCUGAGGGUAACUCCAGUUCUUCCGGCGGUUUUAUGCCACUCGGGGAAUUCCUCGACCGCUUUUCCUUGCCGAGAGUCGUAAGACUCGAGGGUACCGGUGGCAGGCCAGUAUUGCUAUACAAACAACAACAAAGAUCGCUCAGGGUUACGGCAACAAUGCUGAUGCAUCGUUAUCGCCACGAUGUCAAAGUCGGACCGGAAAUCGUCAUUCCUGAAGGCUACCCGGGAUGGUUCUCGGUGGUAACGGGAAACAACGGAAUGGGCAGUGCGAGGGUGUAUCGCAGAGUGGAAAGUCUCGUACGUGCCGGAGUGCCAGCAUUUCUUCUGGCAACACCUCUUCGGGCUUAUACACUGACACAUUCAAAGAUGGAGGAUGGCAAUCUGAGAGCUCACUAUACAAAAACUACGAUAAGAGCCGGCGAAGUGCUUCGUCUUGUGGCGGUUUUUCAGGACACCCGAAAAUACAGUGGCGGUUUGUUCGGAAUUUCUGGUGGAACAUCAGAGAAAGAUCAGUAUGCACAGUGCUUGGAUUCACACGGCCACGAGGUCUUUGCGGCCCUGUCAGCACGGGGGGAAUUCUAUGCGACGUGUCAGAGUGGAUGUCCCGAUACCGGAAGUGAUGCUAUUCUUUACAGAGUUCAUCAUCUUGCACGACGAACCUUGCCCCUGAGAGUCCGAUUAGUAGCCGGUCCCCUGCCGAUACCGUUGCCACGGGAAUACGGCGGUCUCAUGCAGCUGGAAACUUCAACGAGGGGCUCGAUUGUUCUCGGCUGCAUAGUUCCCGAGCGACCUGUUCACAAUCCAGAGAUGCUAGAGCUCGUUGUUUCUGGUAACGGUGCACCGAGGGUCAGACGAGCAAGGCUCGGCUAUCCAUCGGAAGCGAGAUUGCUCACGUCACCGAAGAUGCAGCGGUUAUUGUCAGCCUGCAGUCGAGCUGUGGGAGACCGAGCGACAGAGCCUCGAGUAGCGCCGCACAAGCUUCACGGGAAUAACGAGGAUUUGAAAGAAAUGCAUUUGAAGAAGAUAAAACCGAAAGGAGAAGCAACGAAGCCGAUAAUGCAAAGCUUGCGCGAAGGGAUCGAGCAUCUGAAGAAAACAACGGUCCGAGAAAAGAGUCAAACACGACAAACAUCAUCGAACGGUUUCCUCGAUAGGAUCACAAAAUUGACGCAAGGUGGAAGAAGCCGAAAUCCAGCUAAAAAAUCGGCAUCUUUCACUUUUGCCUCGAGGCCACAAUUAAUAGUAAAAGCGGAAGAAAGAUACUCGAGCCUGGAGCCCGAAGCGUCGUCUCAGAACCACUCGAGCCAGGCGAAACAACCAGUUCAGAGAUCCGUCUCGACGAGUGUUUUAGAAAAUUCACCGCUCGCUUCGUCAGCAACAACGACGAAAGUAGAGCUCCAACCGAAUUACUCGAGAGUUCGCGACAGUCUCGCACCACUUCCUUCCCCGCCGCUUUCGACCUCACCUGGACGCACGAAAAACGAUGAGAUUUAUGCCGAAAUCUGCGAAAAUACACCAGCUAAAAUUCACGAGUGCUCGGGCAGUCACGUUAUUGCGAGAAUAAAAAUCGUCGUUAAGAGUAGCGAGUCUUACAGAGACGAUGAAAGAAACAGAAGAAUGAGAGAAGAAUUUAGAAAUUCUCUCAUAUCCGAUCAACAAAUGGACUCGAUUAUCAGUACCGAAGAUGAAGUCAUAUACAACACGAUUUUUUGAUGAGUGCAUCGCAUAAAAAUUGAUCGAUACCUUGCCAAGUAAUGAGCAAUGAAAAAUUAUUCAACCGGAAAAUCUUUCGAGACUACCUCAAUGAAAAUUUUUGUUUUCGAAAAGUCUAUUUGUUGCCACCGAAGAAUGUUCCUGUUCAACUUGUAUUUUAUGUACAUAGUUUACAAGUCGAAUACACUUCUUUCGAUUAAAUUCUAUUGGGCACAGAGAAAAUAUGCUAGAAAAUUAAAAAGAUAAAAUAUGAUAGAGCGUCUUCGCAUAAACGGUAAUGAAUCACAUUUCCGCAAACUGUACCAUACAUAGAAUUGUAAAAAAACAAAAUGAUUACUUUAAUCUGUAAAUAUUGCAAUAUUUCCAUUAAAACUGUUGUAGUAAAUUUGUUUUUUUUUGUCCUAGACAAAAAAAUGAAUCAACGAUUGCGUCCACUUUAUUUCGACGCAAAAAAGUCAAAAUUUAAUUGAAUAUUUGAAUUUUUUUAGUUGAAUUUCCUUUUGACUAAAUGUGGGAUUGUCCUUCGAAUACCGAAGAGAAUUAAAAACAAAAAGUACCCAAUGGACGAAUAAAAUAUUGAGAAGUUUA